GGUUGCUUCGCUCGCGCUGGCACCUGGGCAGGCGGCGCCCCAAACGGGAAAGGCGCUCGGAGAGGGAGCGGGGGGCGCAGCGAUUGGCCCGGUCGCCCCUCUUUCCACCCCCCCUCCCCGGAAGGUGCCGUGCACCUGGUCUCUCCUUUCCCGCAGGUGAGACAGGCUCCCUGUCUGGGCGCCGCCAGCAUGGCCGCCGCCGCCACCUCUUCCUCCUCCUCCUCCUCGCGGUCUCCGCCGGCGCAGCAGCGGCCGGACAACACGGCCUUCACGCAGCAGCGCCUGCCGGCCUGGCAGCCGCUGCUGUCGGCGGGGACGGUGCUGCCGCUCUUCUUCUGCCUGGGCGUGGCCUUCGUGGCGCUGGGCCUGGGCCUCCACUUCUCCUCGGCCACCAUCCGCGAGCUGGAGCUGGACUACACGGGCCUGGGCGACUCGAGGUGCGCCCGCUGCGCCAACCUCAGCCUGCUGGCCGACGGCUCGACGUGCGCCUGCGAGCUGCCCUUCUCGCUGGCCGAGGCCUUCCCUGCCCCCGUCUGCCUCUACUACCAGCUCUCCAACUACUACCAGAACAACCGGCGCUACAGCGUCUCCCGCGACGAUCAGCAGCUCAGCGGCCUUUCCUGGGCUCUCCGCGACCCGGUGGAGGAGUGCAAGCCCUACCGCUACAAUGCCACGGGCGUGCCUAUCGCGCCCUGCGGCUCUGUGGCCAACAGCCUCUUCAACGACACCUUUGAGCUCUACUACGUGUUCAGCAAUGGCACCAAGGUCAAAGUGCCCCUGGACAAGAGGGGCAUCUCCUGGUGGACGGACACCAACAUCAAGUUUCGCAACCCCGAGCCUGUCGACGGCAUCUUGGCGCUGGCCUUCAACGGCACUGCAAAGCCCCCGAAUUGGAAGGUCCCAGUCUACAAGUUGGGCCAAGGCAACAACACGGGUUUCGUCAACGAAGACUUCAUCGUCUGGAUGAGGACGGCCGCUUUGCCGACCUUCCGCAAGCUCUACUCACGCAUCCGCCUGGGCAAUUUCUCCACGGGGCUGCCCCGAGGCAACUACUCACUCAAUAUUACCUACAAUUACCCCGUCCUGUCUUUCCAUGGCACCAAGAAGGUCAUCUUCAGCACCCUUUCCUGGAUGGGGGGCAAAAAUCCUUUCUUGGGCAUCACCUUCCUGGUUUUUGGCUCCCUCUGCAUCGUCACUGGCUUUGUCAUGCUGGCAGCCCAUAUAAAAUACCAACAUCUCAAUGAGGCAGAUUAGUAAACGCAGCCGGGACA